CGGCUUCUCUGCGAAAAACGUGAUCUCAAUAAUAUAAAUUAGGCCGUGAUAAAAAACGACAGGUGUUUAGAUUAUGAAGAUUUAACGUUUAUUCGAUGGUAUACAAUGAGCGAAAAUUUGGAGAACAUUAACCCAAAGCUCUAUAAGAAAUUAGAUGACCGAGAAAUCACAGUCGAGGAGCAAGACGAGGAUGUCGCAGAUGAAUUUGACGCGCGAGAGAUUUUCGAUAUUAUCAGGAACAUCAAUGAUCCGGAACAUCCUUUAACUUUAGAAGAACUGAAUGUAGUUGAACAGAAUCUCAUCGAAGUUGAUGACAAGAGGAACAGAGUGGAUGUAAAAUUCACACCUACAAUACCGCAUUGCAGCAUGGCCACUUUGAUCGGUUUAUCCAUUCGCGUGCAAUUGCUACGUGCCUUACCUUCUAGGUUUAAGGUCAGUGUGGAAAUUUCACCUGGUACUCACGUCUCGGAGGCGGCAGUGAACAAGCAGCUUGCAGACAAAGAACGAGUAGCUGCGGCUUUAGAAAAUUCUAUGCUACUUGGCGUGAUCAAUCAGUGUUUGGCACCGAAAGAUUAGCAAGUUAUAAAUUCCAACAUUUCAUGUUCAACCUUCCAUGGUCAAAUGUUUUUUUUACUGAUUUCUUAGUUCAACUGAAUCACCGGUGUCUGAUUAUGGUUUUUAAAGAGUUUUUGAGCUCUAAAAAAUCUGAAAAAAUUCUAAAUUCUUUUAGCAUUUAAGAAUACAAUUUUAGUAAUUUUACGAUCCGAAAUGUUUUUCAUUUUUUUUAUACGUCCAUAUCCAUUAUCCAAAUUUGAGGCAGACUAAUUCAAAAUUGAAAAUUUGCCUGAAUCUUUUUCUUCAAAUUCUCGGUUGUGUGAACCACAGAAGGUUAAAGCGACAAUUUAUGUAUAUAAUUUUGUUGUCAUGUUUAUAUAUUACAAAGUCAUUUUCAAAUUUUAAUUUGUAUAGUGAGAAUACUAUAAGAAUUGAUACAAUACAACUGAUGUGAAUA